ACUCGCGCAGCGGAUGCAGCGGCGAUGCCACCACCGCCGCCACAAAAUCCAGCGGUAGCGCCACCAAGAGGAGUGGCGGCGCAGCCAGGAGGAGCAGCGGGACAAGGAGAAGCACCACCACAGGCAACGGUGCAAGUCCCCGGCCAGCAGGUGGUGAUGACCAGGCAGGAGAUGCAACAAAUGGUGGCGGAGGCAGCUGCACAGGCGGUGCAACAAGUCACAAACAGUCUCUCUCGGGCUACUGCGAUGCCGAACACUGUUGCAGGGACACGCCAAAAUGCAGAGGAGGAUGAAUCUAACUAUGGUGGAGGCGGGCCCCUACAUGACCGAGAGAUGGAGAGAAUGGCGAAACAUCUGCGUCAAUUGCAGGCUAAGGUGGAUGGCCGAGCGGAGAGACGCGCUCGAGGACACCCGUUCUCGGCGGACAUACUAGCAGCACCCUUGCCAAUUAAUUACAAGGAUACCAACUUAGUGUUUGAUGGGACUUCUGACCCGUCGAGGCAUGUGAGAACAUUCGAAAAUAUGGCUGUGUUAUAUGGAUAUACUGAUCCCGUUAGUUGUAGGGCCUUCUUAUCGACCCUCAGGGGAGGGGUGCUCGACUGGUUCCAACAGCUCCCCCAGGCUCGAUUGUGGACUUCGAGGAUUUUACAGAGAA